UCCUUACGGCGCGUUUGCUGCAUCUGUCUCUGGGGUUUUAGAGCGGCGCGUCUGCUCUUUGCAAAGACUGAACUUAUAAUAUACCUUUCGCGCUGCUGGGUGGACACUGGGAUCGUUAUACGGGUGUUGCUCGCACAAAGGGAUAUGGGAGCACUACUUCUAAAUCUUUUAUUUUCGGAUUGUUGGGGGAGUUCUUGCUGGUUGUUUAUCUUGGUUUUCUGGAGAUCGUUCACUACUACCAACAACGGAAAUCUGGUCGGCGGUCUUACAAAGGUCAAAGGGCGGGUACAUGGGAUUCGUUCCGAUUCCUGUCUAAACAAAUCUUUCUAGGGGAGUUGUACUCAUGUAAAGGGAGCACAAACGCUCGGUG